CACUACUUAGCCACAGCUUGCUGGCUCAAGCAGCUGUCCUCGUCUCGCGACGCCUUCCUCUGUGAUUCUUCUCGUGGCGUAGACUAUGGACGACAUGGCCGUAGUGGGCGCUCCCGAUGAUGCUGGCCCUUCACGUCCUGCAGUCAAGCGGACUUACGGACGCCGCAGAGACCCUGCGCCCGACACGAGUAUAGUCGACUCCACUAUUCCUACAAGUGCAUCAUCACGGGCGAGUUCCAAUGAGCCGCCCUCUCUCGAACCAAGUCACGAAUAUCCGCCGACAUCUGACGGUCUCGACGCGUCCGCCUCCUCCCCGGCUUCAUUUGGCGAUGCUGAUGCCAGCAACGAAGACAAUGACGGUACCGACGCGCUCUCGUCGCGGUAUGAGUUCGAUUGGAAGAAGAGACUUAGAGAACUGGACGAGGAUCAUGAACCCGUGCAUAAGACGGUGAAAGACGCGUCUGGUGAGCGCGCUUUGGACAGCGAAGUCGCUUCGUCACCGCAGCCAUCUUCGCCUACGGGCGAUGCACAGCGGACGGAGACGCGGGGCAUUGGGGGCUCUUCCAACGCCAUACCGAACAAAAUCGGUGGUCGUGAUGAUUCCCCAGUGGCGUCACGUUCACCCUCACCGGUCGUCCGUCGGCGCCAGCCUAACAGGAAGUCGCUCAUGCCCGCGGCAGACUCUGGCAGUGAGUCCAGCGACGCUCUUGACAGAAGCCCCCUUCGUGCUGUGUUCAGCCGAUUGCCUUCUCCCUCCGCAUUGCCCGCGCCCCCUACAGCCAAGGCUAAAGGGAAGCAGAGGGCAGUGGCGAAAGAGUCGGACGCGGAAUAUGCGAGUGACGACGAUGGUAGCGGCCACACGAAGCGGCGGAGGCGAUCUGAAGGAAAGGGCAAGCAGAAGCGAGUCAAGCCUCCUACGAGAAAGGAGCAAGAGGAGACACAGAAAGCGACAGCGCGUAUGAUGGCCGAGCGAGACGCGACGCUUCCUAGAGUGCAAACACAGCAAUAUGGUCUGAAACACUUCUUAGAGCAGAUGCAGAAGCACGCAGUGCCCGCUCCGAAGGAAGUCAAACCUGUGGAGAUUCCGGCUUCAGAUCCCAUACAGCAAUUCUCUUCCUCUCCUUCAUCGCGCAUACCCACAGAGCACUCUCAAGUGCCAUCGCGUGCUCGUUCAGUGUCACUGAAGCCGUUCGCUCGGACACCGUCUCCAGUGGUAGGCGCGUCCUUCGAACCCAAUGGUCUUCUUGGGCACACUGCUGUCGACGGCGACAGGAGCAGUGACUCCAGCGAAGACGAGGAGAUGCCUGACGUUGGUUCUCUGAUUUACGAAGAGGCAAAGAAGAGGGGAGAGCGAGAGAAGUUGCUGCAGCUUGCUGAGCUCAAGAGGCGUGCCCUGGAACAGCAGAAACGUCUUACUGUCGCUGAUGAUGACGACGACGACGGGCUCGAGAUAGUCCAUGAAGACAUGCAGGCUGUCGCCCGGGACGAAGCACAGGCGAGGAGGGCAGACGCCGCACACGGUGUGAGGCGAUCUAUCGGGAGGAACGCCCAGCUGGCUUUGGCAGGCGUACCGCGCCGCAAGAGUGGUGUGGCAGGCCCACCGACGCUUGCCGCCGCUGCUGCACCAAAUUUCCAGAGGAGGAAGACACAUGACGGCGCGGACGGACAGUUGACGGCCGACCAGCUGAAUCGCGUGCUUCGGCAGAGGGCGGAAGAGCAGAAAGCCGCGGAGAUCAGACAGAAGGAAGAGCAGUGGAAGAAGGCGGGUGGAAGAUUGAAGACGAGGCCAGCGGACGCUGCACCAAGUGACUUCAAAAGCGCGGUCGCCGAAUUCGUACAGAAGCGUCUCGCCGAGGCACAAAUUGGCGAUGAAAUUAACGGGGAGUACGAGUAUGAAGACGAAGAGGAUCCUGACUACCAACCUGCGGGUGAUAAUGACCAGGUCGCGAGCGGCGAGGAGGCCAACUCUGACGCGGAGAACCAGCAAGUUCUCCCAAGUCUGACCGAACUGGUACAUGGGUCCGACAACGACGACGAGAAUGUGGCUCCAGCACCGCGUGGGCGUAGAGCACAUCCUCGCCGUGCGUUGGUCGCUCUUGAUUCCGAUGACGAAGAGGGCCAGCCCUCAGAUCCGCUAGGUAGGGUCCUUGUUGCGGACAGUUCGUUUGCAUUCCCCGGGCCGCAGCACCCUCCACAAAGCUUGUUGCGCCGUCGCGCCUCCACAUCGUCGCUAGAGUACUACACAGAGAACGGCACUGACAAGGAGAACGACGUGUCUCUGAUGUACGACAGGGGCGAAGACAAGGAGAACACAGUGGUCGCAAGCCAGUCAUCCGGAUUCAGCAGGGCAGGCAGCUUCUUCAGCCAGUCGCAGGGUCGACCACUCCUGCUCGACGAUGACCUACCCAUGGAGAGCACGCCACAAGAUGGGCGUCGUGCACCGUUCCAAGAGCUGCCGACCGGAGACGACGACGAGAAUCCGUUCUCCUUCUCUAGCGACUUGCGCAGCCCUGCUCGCCGUCUGACGUUCUCUCCGGGCCCGCCUUUGCCACCCGUGCAAUCCGACGAGAACGCACCUGUUCAGGUCAACCCCACGAGUCCCCCAGCGAUCCGUCCCGUCUCGUUGAAGGGCGGGCUCGCAGAUCUGUUCGAGUCUCAGGCCUCGAACAAAGCAACGUCGCUUGUAGUGGCACCUAGGGUCAUACAAGACGGUGGCCUGUCCGACUUCUUCUCGCAGCAAUCGGCACUUGAUGGGCCUGCGCAGAUCAAAGGCGCAAGGACUUCACAGGACCUUGCUUUGACGGCGGAUGUUACGCUGCAGCCCGCACUCGAUAUCAAUCAAACACUGCGCCGUAAGGCUGAUGAUAUCUUCGAGAAGGAGCAGGAGAUCAUCGCCGAAGGUGCCAAUAAGGAGACAAGUCCGGAGAAGAAAAGGAUGUAUGUGAAUGAGCAUGGUUUUCUCACUCAGACUCGUCCAAUGUGGACUCCGGCGCGGAGCCAGCUCUUCUCUCCAUCGCAACUGGCGAAGAGAACCCCGAUAUUGGUGCCAGACGUCUUCUCGCCUCGCCCAGCGACACGGCACCCGCUAGCAACAAUCGACGCACUCAUGACGAACAACGACGAUGACGACGACGAUUUCGACGCCCAGCCGCGUACGCGCUUGAAGCGUCGCAAAAUUUCGCCGGAGAAGAGCGUCCCAUCUGGUAGCCGCGGCGGCAGUGUCUCACCUAGCCCUAGCCCACACAAGUUGAGGGACGCUUUUGCCAUCAUGAGGCAGGCGUCGGUGCAUCCGAAGAAAGCGCUUGCACUCAUGGGGCAGAAAGGGAAGAAGUCAGAAUUCAUUGAAGGCGAGGCGGAGGAAUCAGACGACGAUGACCGGCGAGGGUUCGGCCUGCGCAAGCGUGACGACGAGGAAGAGGAGGACGACGAGACGCAGGAUCAGACUCUCCAGGAGUUGGUGGAUGACCAGGAGAUGGACGAGACUGUGCUCGCUGAGGAUGCCGUGUUGGAAAAACAUCGGGAACAUCUCGAACAGGACGACCAGGAUAACGAAAAGCUUCACCAGGAUGCUAUCCAGGGUAAACUGAGGUUGACUCGUCGCAAUCGCGGCGUCGGCUUCGAAGAUGAUGAUUCGGAUGACGAUGACGACGAGGCUGCUCGAGCUCGACGGAGGCUGCAACGCCAGAAGAGGAAGAUUGACGGUGACACACUUGAUGAUCUAGCCAAGAACCCGGAGACUGCGCCCUUCGCGCUUGCAUACCAGGAUCACAUGGUAGAGGACGAAGAUUUCGUACACGAGGAGCACAACGACGAUACCUUGGUCGGUUCACAAGGCAUGGACGUCGACGGGAGCGGUGAAGGGGAGGAAGGGGAAGAGCAAGAAGUUAUCUCUGCUGUGAAGCUGAGGGAGCAGCUUCGGGCCGCAGCGCGUCAGAAAGAGCACGUUCAAAGCCUCAAUCCUCAUGACGUCUCUUGGGUUGAUAAUGAUGAGCACGAAGAGGAGAAUGCCCUUCUCGUCAAGGAGUGGUCCGGGACGUCGAAGAAGGUUUCUCUCCGCAAGGACGGCGACUGGGACCCUAGCAUGCAGGCGAGUGCCAGUCGUACCGAUCUCGAGAAUGAGCGCGACCGCGUUCGCAUGGAGAAGUGGGCCAAAACGGAGACGCGUGUAUACGGCACCGGACGCACGACUGCCUCUGUCUCUGUGACCGGAGGUGGCAAGAAGAGAGGAGGUAUUGCUUCGCGCGGCUCAGGGCGCAUGGCAGCCCAUGGCCCGAAGCAAACGAACAAGGUGGCGAAGACCCCGAGUAUACUGUCAACGAUGUCGACGAGCAGACGCGAGAAGUUCCAGGACUGA